CUGCACCGCCCCCUGGCGGCUGCGGGGGGGCACGGCGGCUGCGGCGGUGCGGGCCGGGGAGCGGCAAGAUGGCGGGGAGGUCUAUGCAAGCAGCAAGAUGUCCCACUGAUGAACUGUCCUUAACCAACUGUGCUGUGGUGAAUGAGAAGGAUUUCCAGUCUGGGCAGCAUGUUGUUGUGAAGACUUCUCCCAACCACAAGUACAUUUUCACACUGAGAACCCAUUCCUCAGUUGUUCCUGGCAGCAUUGCCUUCAGCUUGCCCCAGAGGAAAUGGGCUGGACUCUCCAUCGGACAGGAGAUAGAUGUUUCCUUGUACACUUUUGACAAGGCCAAGCAGUGCAUUGGCACCAUGACAAUCGAGAUUGAUUUUCUGCAGAAGAAGAACAUUGACUCCAACCCCUAUGACACAGACAAGAUGGCAGCAGAGUUCAUCCAGCAGUUCAACAGCCAGGCCUUCUCUAUAGGCCAGCAGCUUGUCUUCAGCUUUAAUGACAAACUUUUUGGCCUGAUGGUAAAGGACAUGGAAGCAAUGGACCCCAGCAUCCUCAAAGGAGAGUCUGGAGCAAACAAAAAGCAGAAGAUUGAGGUGGGUUUGAUUCUUGGAAACAGUCAAGUUGCCUUUGAAAAAGCUGAGAACUCCUCUCUCAAUCUGAUUGGUAAAGCAAAGACCAAGGAGAACCGCCAGUCAAUCAUCAACCCAGACUGGAACUUUGAGAAAAUGGGCAUUGGGGGCCUUGACAAAGAAUUCUCAGAUAUUUUCCGACGAGCUUUUGCUUCUCGAGUGUUCCCACCUGAAAUCGUGGAGCAGAUGGGCUGCAAGCACGUGAAAGGCAUUCUCCUGUACGGACCUCCAGGCUGUGGGAAAACACUCAUGGCCAGACAGAUUGGCAAGAUGCUGAAUGCCAGGGAGCCAAAGGUGGUCAAUGGUCCAGAAAUCCUCAAUAAAUAUGUGGGUGAAUCCGAGGCCAACAUCCGCAAGCUGUUUGCUGAUGCAGAAGAGGAACAAAGAAGGCUUGGAGCAAACAGUGGUGUGCAUAUCAUCAUUUUUGAUGAGAUUGAUGCAAUCUGCAAGCAGAGAGGAAGCAUGGCGGGCAGCACUGGAGUCCAUGACACUGUUGUUAACCAAUUGCUGUCUAAAAUUGAUGGAGUAGAGCAGCUCAAUAACAUCCUAGUGAUUGGAAUGACCAACAGACCUGACCUGAUUGAUGAGGCUCUGCUGAGACCGGGGAGGCUGGAGGUGAAAAUGGAGAUUGGUCUGCCUGAUGAGAAGGGAAGGUUCCAGAUCCUUCACAUCCACACGGUCCGGAUGCGGGAGCACCAACUGCUGGCUGAGGAUGUGGACAUUGGGGAGCUGGCAGUGGAGACCAAAAACUUCAGUGGUGCUGAGUUAGAAGGUUUGGUUCGAGCUGCUCAGUCUACUGCUAUGAACAGACACAUUAAGGCCAGCAACAAAGUGGAAGUGGACAUGGAGAAGGCAGAGAGCCUGCGUGUGACACGAGGAGACUUCUUUGCAUCUUUGGAGAAUGAUAUCAAACCAGCAUUUGGAACCAACCAGGAAGACUAUGCAAGCUACAUCAUGAAUGGGAUUAUCAAGUGGGGGGAUCCUGUCACACGGGUGCUGGAUGAUGGGGAGCUGCUUGUUCAGCAAACCAAGAACAGCGACCGCACCCCCCUGGUCAGCGUCCUGCUAGAAGGUCCCCCUCACAGUGGGAAGACUGCUCUAGCAGCAAAAAUAGCAGAAGAAUCCAACUUUCCCUUUAUCAAGAUCUGUUCUCCUGAUAAGAUGAUUGGAUUUUCUGAAACAGCCAAGUGCCAAGCUAUGAAGAAGAUCUUUGAUGAUGCCUACAAGUCCCAACUCAGCUGUGUUGUCGUGGAUGACAUUGAGAGACUUCUGGAUUAUGUCCCAAUUGGACCACGGUUCUCUAACCUGGUGUUGCAAGCCCUGCUGGUUCUGCUAAAGAAGGCCCCCCCUCAGGGUCGGAAGCUUCUCAUCAUCGGCACCACCAGUCGCAAGGAUGUCCUGCAGGAGAUGGAAAUGCUGAAUGCCUUCAGCACCACCAUCCAUGUGCCCAACAUUGCAACAGGGGAGCAGCUGAUGGAGGCCUUGGAGCUCCUGGGUAACUUCAAAGACAAGGAACGCAGCACCAUUGCACAGAAUGUCAAAGGGAAGCCUGUCUGGAUUGGUAUCAAGAAGCUGCUGAUGCUGAUAGAAAUGUCAUUACAAAUGGAUCCUGAGUAUCGGGUGAAAAAAUUCUUGGCUCUUCUGCGAGAAGAAGGAACGUAUCACAGGGAGUAGUUGAGUCCAGUCUUGACAGUGGCACCUCCUAGAAAAUGACUUUCUAAAACAUGUAGGGCAGUACCUGUGCUGGGGAAACUCCCAACAGUCCCUUUCCUGGCUACAUGUGAGUGGGUUCCAGUGUGUGCUUGAUGCUUUUAUACAUGUGCAUGCUUUCCUGAUGGAUUUGGCUUCUUUUGCAAGAGUUCCUCCCCUAGACUGAAGGUGGACCAAGUGCAAGAUCUACAGCUGGAAAAGUGACCAACCUGGAGAAUAUACACUGGGAUCUUUACUCUUCUGUGUUCAACACAUUGGACAAAGUGAAAUGCUCCCCUCUUUCCAAGAACCCCAUGUGGAAUCUGCAUGUGUAGUGCAAUACUGUAUCUUUACUCUUUGUCUUUACUGAUGUCAUGUGGAAGUGUCUCCUGAGCACUGUGCUUCUGUCUGUGUGCAGGUGAGGCUGCCUUCUCAUUUGAUUUCAGCAUGGGGGAAAUGUCCUGUAAGUUCUGAAGCUGAUGCUCACUUGUACCCAGCAUCCAGUUGCUGCCAUAGGAGAGAAAUCCUGAUUCCCAAGACAUGCUGUCAGUCUGUGGUGAGGACAAAUUAAAUUCUGCUCUGGGUUACCCUGAGGAACACUUUCUUGUGGUGUCACCCUGUGCCUCACCAACCCCUGAGCCAGGCUGGUAACCUGCAGACAGUGCCCAUGGUAAUUCAGCUCCAGCACUGCCUCACUGCUGCUGCCUGCUCUCCUUUACACCCAGGGAUUUUGUGGUCUGGUGAGGAAGCUUGGCUGGUGGCAUCAGGAGCUGGAAGAAGGCAGGGAAGAGCAGAGGGAAUUUCCAAAUCCAGUAUUUAGGCAUCAAAGCUUGUUGUUAACUGAACAACAGUUUUAGAGAUGCUGGUUCCAGCCUGAAGCUCUUCAUGCAGAUGGCACCUUCGGUAUAAGCCAGCUUCAUUAGAUCCCAUUUUCCUGCCAUAUUACCAAAGGUUGGACUUCCUCCCUGGAGACAGAGAGGAGGCCAAGCUCUGCAGCUGCACGAGGUGUGUAUUACCCUGCUUUUGCACUGAGAUGAAGGAAUGUAUCAGACUCUGCUAUGUGGUCCUUCCCCAGCACUCACCUCACGUCACUGGGAUGCUGUUGGUGAUGACUGCAUGAGGCUGUUCCCCCCUGGUUCUUUGGCUCCCCAGACUUAAUAAGGGUGAUGGAACAUACCUCAAUUUGGUGGGGCAUGAAAUCAAAGCCAUUUAUGAGAUCUUAGUCAGUGGAGCUUCCUAAACUUGACCAGACACGCUGCAAAGGGCUGGCAGCUCCUCCCCAGGUGGUGUUCCCAGGGAAGGAGGUUGCCCCACAUCCUUCCAGGCCAAGGUGGAGGCACUGGAGUCCUUAGUGUGCUUACAGCAGGAGGAGUAUUUGAGUCACUCCACUCUGGUUUCUUGUCCUUUGGCAGUGCUGUUGUGUAGUGGUGACUUUGCAAGUCCCAGUGGUUAUUAUUCCCUCUCAUUUUGUGUACGAUCUUGUGAAUUUCUUUGUUCUUUUCCUCUGCUGGUCCCAGGGACAGCAGCAGCACACGUUAACUUAUAUUUCAGAGCAAAUGAUGUAAACCUCGUUGUGUCUUUGUCCAGAAGUAUAUUGAUGAAUAAAUAUCUGAUUUAAUUGCACAUUCAAUGGAUUCAAUAAAAAGCACAACUCCUUGUGAUGAGCUGGGAGA